CCCUCCACGGGUUCCGUAGUUGUACUCCGCAAGGUACAAGCGUGUAGUAACGGUGGGUCAUGUUUGAUUGGAUUAGUCAUGUCCACCUUGAAUUGACACCAUAACCUCACCAGCAUUAUAUCAGGUAUUUCCCAUAUCCCUGUUUAGCUCACCACUAGUUAUGUGUAUUGUGGCAAACGGUCGAGGUGAUGCUGUCCAGUUGUUGUUAGCUACUUACAGUAAAUAUAGCUAACGUUGUACUGUCAGUCGUCAUAAUGUUGGCGACAUUGUCGAGAGUUAAAAGCCCUCGUUGGCUUUCUCCGGACAUACUUUUAGGAUACCUAUUAACACAAGAGAUUAGAAGAAAGCAGUUGAGCUUGUUCAGUCACAGUAGUUCUCCAGUAUCAGCGGCAUGGAGACGGAAAGUCACCGGUGGUAUCAGAGAUGUCAGCACCUCCGGUACGCUGUGUGCCAAGGUCCGAGGAAACACGAAGAAGAAAGAGCUGUCUGAAAAGAAGCUGACCCGUUACUUUGUAGACCAUCGCCGUGUGAAGCUGGUGGCAGGAUCAGGCGGUAAAGGGGUCUGCAGCUUUCACAGUGAGCCCCGGAAAGAAUGGGGUGGUCCAGAUGGAGGUAACGGAGGUGAUGGAGGAAGCAUCAUCAUCAAGGCUGACCGGUUUGUCAAAUCUUUGGCUCAAGUACUUCCAGUUUACAAGGGAGAGAACGGGCAAUCUGGUGGCAGCAAGAAUUGUUAUGGUCGGAAUGGCAGCCCAACCUACAUUAAUGUUCCAUUAGGCACAGUGGUAAAGGAGCAGGGGAAGACAGUUGUGGACCUUUCUAAACAUGGUCAAGAGUAUCUGGCUGUUUUUGGAGGGGCCGGGGGGAAGGGAAACCGAUUCUUUCUGUCCAAUGAGAACCGUGCCCCAAUGACAGCUACCCCUGGAAUGGAGGGCCAGGAGAGAGCCCUUCAUCUAGAGCUGCGCACCAUGGCCCAUGCUGGACUGGUUGGGUUUCCAAAUGCUGGGAAAUCCUCACUGUUGAGAGCCAUCUCCAAUGCCAGGCCUGCUGUGGCUGCUUACCCUUUUACAACACUCAACCCACAUGUAGGAAUUGUCAAGUACAGGGAUCAUGAACAGGUUGCAGUUGCUGACAUCCCAGGCAUCAUUCAAGGAGCACAUCUGAAUCGAGGCUUGGGCAUCUCUUUCCUGCGCCACAUCGAGCGUUGUCGAGUCCUCCUCUUUGUUUUGGACAUGUCAACUACAGAGCCCUGGACCCAGUUCCAACACCUAUGCUAUGAACUAGACCAGUAUGAGCACGGUCUGUCCCAGCGGCCUCAGGCCAUCAUAGCCAACAAAAUGGACCUACCUGAGGCACGGGAGAAGCUAGAGACUCUAAAGAGCCACGUCACCCAGAGAGUUAUCCCUGUGUCGGCUCUCUCAGGGCAGAACACAGAGGAACUCAUCCUCCACCUUAGAGAGCUGUAUGACGGCUAUCUCCAAGGAGGAGGCAGCAGUGGGGAAGACAAGCCCACCAGGUGGUAGUAAAGAGCUUUUCCUCUUGGUCUACUCAGAUUUAUAUGUUGUACAUUUAUCCUUGAAGAUGAAGAAUGUAUUUAUUUCCUUAAUAAAUAUAUUUUUUAAAAAAAUGGUAUUGGUGACUUGUAACAAAUUGCGUUAAUAUUUUUUUGAUUUAUUCAGAGCUUAUUUAAAGCUUUAAUAUAGCUUGUAACAGCCUUAUGCUACACAACAAGCACAGAUUUUGGCAAAGACUGCAUAUUACAUGUCAAGAGUAGACAUACUUUUAAAUGUCAGGAUUAACAAAUGCCCUUAGAGGGUCAGCAUAUGAAUGCAAACAAACAUUGAAAAUGAAGGCUGUAAAAUUAUACUUGUGCAUGUCAUGGAUUAAAAAGAAGACCAGACAUCA